AUGAAAAUCUCGACGACGGUAAAUCAAAUUCUAGCUUUAACCCAUCAGAUCAUCACUUAUAAGAAAUCACAGUGAUUCCCUUUUCUUACCGUCAGGAACAAAGCCAAGAACUUGGAGAGAGAAAAACCAAAAAAUCCUGAAACCAAACACCCAAAGCUUAAAAAAACAGUACCAGCAAAGAUUGUCCCACAGGUGAAAGUCAAUGAGAACGAAGACAGAGGAGCCUCGGAUUUCUGAAAUGUCGUUGGAUCCUCCUGAUAAUGCUAACCCACAACCUAAUGUUAAGGAGCAAGUGGAGGAUCUUCAAGCAAAUAUAGCCGGCAGAUUCCCGAGUUGUACGAAAACCAUGGUUCGCUCGAACGUUACCCAUGGAUUUUGGCUGCAUCUUCCUAUGCCUUUCUGCAAAUUGCAUAUGCCCAAGCAAGAUACAACAGUAAUUUUGGAAGAUGAAAAUGGGGAAGAAUAUAAAGCAUCUUAUAUUGCACAAAGGACGGCAUUGAGUGCCGGAUGGAAAGCAUUCUCGUCUAAUCAUAAACUCGUCGAAGGGGAUGUUCUAGUUUUCCAUUUGGUCACUUCUUCAAAGUUUAAGGUUUACAUAGUCAGAGCAUUCAAAGCAAACGGAGUCGAUAGUUCUUUUGUUUCACUAGAUGUGAAUAUUCAUGCGAAACCGAUUCGCUCGAUCCGCACAAAACGGACAAAGAGACCCUCUAAGAAGGCCAAGUGUUUGGAUCGUUUUCCACUUGACCCUCCAGAUGACAAUGUUGAAAAUAACAGCCUGAUGGUAUUGGACUCCACUAGCGAGCCUUUUGUCUAUCGCAAGGAUCGUUGCUCUGGUCUCGAUGAUGGUAUCGAAUCUUUGGCAUCUGUUAUUGAUUUUAAAGAGGUCAAAAGCAUGGGCAGCUUCAUCGUUAUAGUGAAUGGUUCGAGAAUAGACUCCGAGCUCUCGGAGUACCAUAGAACUAAGUACUACGAGCUUUGUUCCAGCCAGAACUCGUUUCUCCAUGAUAAUCUUCUAAAGAGUAUUACUGGUAAAUUAGCAGCUGAAAUAAUAAUAGAGACAGUUAGCAUUGCAGAGGCUAUUAGAGCCUGCAAAAUUUCCACCUCUCGAGCCGAUUAUAUGCUCUGGGACAAGACCCUGAAAGGCUUCGAGCUGUUAGGCAUGAAUGUCGGGUUUCUUCGAGCCAGAUUGAACCGGCUGGAUACCCUCGCCUCGGAAUUACAGGAGGCUACAGAUACGGAGAAGUAUGAAGCAAGUCCUGAGCAUACUCGCAUGAAAGAAGAGAAAAAAUCCCUCGAACUGAAGCUUGCGAAACUCAAAGAGGUUACGCGUGAGCUUGAUGCCGAGAUAGAAACCCUGAAGGCAAAUGCCGAGAAGUAUGAGCUCAUGUUCCAGGAAGAGGUUACCGCCACAUGGUGAUCAUCAGCAUCGGCGGCGGCUUUCCUCAUCGUUUUAAAGUUUUUCCAAAGAGAUAUAGUUCAAUGUCCUCCAUGAUAUAUAAAUGUGUAUCAGUCCAUGUGAACUUAUAUAGGGAAGUUGUUGUAAAAAUAGUUUAAGUUUCUAUUUAAUAGGACCCUGAAAAGCUUGAACAA